AUGAAAAUUUCAGAAUAUCCAUCGCCACCUUUCAAUGUUACUGUAAAUACCGAUGUAAUUAUCGCAGAAGUAAAAUUUCUUGAAUUAACUGUUUUUUGGGAUUUCGAAAUAGAUUCGAAUCGUACUGGAUUUUAUUUACGCGUAACUGCUGAUGAUAAAUGGUGUGAAAAAGAUUUUCCUGGCUAUUAUGCACAUAAUAUAGGACCAAAAGAAAAGUCACAUAUAAUACCAAUGUUAACAACUGAUGGACAACCGUUGGAGAUACAGCACCGUUGUCAGUACACUAUACAAAUGCAUUCAAAGCCUUAUCCCUAUGGUGAUCCACAAUAUGCAGUUAUUUUGAAAUAUACAGUUCCCGAAUGUAUAAACGACUACUGUGAUUGUAGAAGUCAAAACAUGGUACCAACUCCUCGAAAUGUCCAAAUCGUAACUUUAUUAAAUAGAGAAGGUGGAAUCGAUGCAAUAGUUAAUUGGACGUAUCCUCAUAUUGCAAAUCGUUCCCAUCAUUUUCGAUUUGACCUCAGCGAAAGAUUUCACCACAAUAACGCUCAUUUCAAAAACAAUGACGCUUUUAAAUACCGUAUAGCUGAUAUGCCACCACAUGUCGUUCAUGCUGGAGAAAAUCAGACGACGUUCUCAACAAAACUUCCGAUAAAUCUGAUCGCAAAUGAAGAAUAUAAAUUAUUGCUAUUUGCAAUGAAUGAUCAACUAUGUAAUAGCGAUGAUGUUACGGUGAUAUUUACUGCAGACGAUGAUCAAGAAGAACCACUUUUCAUGACAAAUAAUAAUGAACAAUCACUGCCAUCAUUAAUUUCGCCAACAUUCUCGAAAAAUAAUUCAACGAAACCGAUGUCGAACAAUUAUAUUCAUUCGAUUUCAGUCGAUAUUUGGAAUUCAACAAUAAUUGAAGACCUCAAAAAACCUCAAAAAAUAAAUACAUAUUCUAUAAAAAUAAGUAGUAGUUUAAUGAUUUUUUUGCUUAUUGCUGGAUUUUUAUUGAUGACAAUAAUCGCCAGCAUAAUGGUAAUAUUUAUUUGGAAAAAAUGCUACCGUGAUGAUAAAUCAAAAAUUGAAAAAUCAGCAAUUAUACCAUGGGCUAUGGCUAAUUCAAGUCAUUCGAUGCUGGAAACAAAUAUUCUAUAUAGGCGUGUAGAUCCGACUUUACAAAAAAUGGAUAUUGAAAUUCCAUUCAAUAAAAUUCAAGUUGGUGGAAUUAUUGGCCAAGGUGCUUUUGGUUUAGUAUGCAUGGGAACAGCGAGAGGUGUAGAAGGUUAUUCGGGUCCAACAACAGUUGCAAUUAAACAACUGAAAAGUAAUGCAGACGAAAUAGAACGAAGAGAAUUUCUUGGUGAAAUGAAUAUUAUGAAACAGGUUGGACGUCAUCCGAAUAUCGUCGCGAUGUACGGUUAUUGCACAGAACCAAAUCAUGAAUGCAUGUUAAUGGAAUAUGUUCCAUUUGGUGAUCUCAAGCAUUAUUUGCAGAAUCUUCGUAAGCAGCUUGAUGUAGCUUUACUUAACAUGAAGUCUUCGCUAUACGUUCGAGAAGCACCAUCCUUACCACCAUCGCUUCAUUCGUCAUUUAUUUCAAAUGUGGAAGAUCCAUCGUUGCCUUCUUCUGAUCUUUAUCAUCUCGAUUCGCAUGAACUUCAGAGUUUUGCCGCACAAGUCGCUAAUGGAAUGGCGCAUAUCGAAUCAUUAGGAAUCAUUCAUCGCGAUUUAGCGGCGAGAAAUAUUCUUGUUGGUCGUUCGAAUCAGUUGAAAAUCAGUGAUUUUGGAUUAUCACGGCAUGGGGUAUAUGUAAAAACAACAAAAGGAGUUAUACCUUUAAGAUGGCUAUCUAUCGAAGCGAUACAACGAAAUAUUUAUUCCACUAAAAGUGAUGUUUGGGCUUAUGGUGUUGUGCUUUGGGAAAUCUGUACUCUUGGUGGAUUUCCUUAUCCAACAAUAAGCGAUAAAGAUAUUCUGAAAUAUUUGCAACUAGGAAAACGUCUCGAAAAACCACCUUCUUGCAGCGAAGAUAUAUAUGAACUGAUGAUGCAAUGUUGGGCAGAAAAUCCAACAGAACGCCCUUCAUUUGCCUAUUUAUGCGAUCAUUUAAAUGAUCUUAAUAAUCAACAAAGUCUAUAUGUAGAAUUUAUUACGAAUGAACAGCUUCCUCCACCAGAUGGCUACUGCAUUUUAUCAGACAGACCAGCAACGCAUGCACAAUCAUCAAUAAUGGAUGAUGAUAUGGAAAAUCAUAACGAGAUGGGCUGA